AUGCCGCACAAGAAGAAUGUCGACCGUUUCGGUGCCACGAGACUAGCCCGCGAAUGCGAGAAAGGCGAUCUAAAGACUGUGCAGGGUGCGUACGAUGCCGCGCCCGACGAAUUAGAUCAGCAAGACUACGCGGGAAUCACGCCAUUGCAAAAAGCCGCACUGAACGGAUUUCCAGACGUCGUUAAGUUUCUGCUUCAGAAAGGCUGCCGAACGGAUUGUCAGAAUAGCGAUCGCGACACACCACUGAUCGAUGCCGUGGAGAACGGCCACUUUGAGGUUGUCAAAAUCUUACUGAACGUCGCCAGGGUCAACCCGCACCAUCAAAACAAACAGGGUCAGCGGGCACUGGAUGUUCUGCGAGAGGACGUAGACGACGCGGAAGAGAUCGAGAAAGAGCUCCGGAGGGCAAUGCAACGCGAGUCGAACGGAGCGGACGAGUCGGCACGUGAUGCUGGCGCCAGCCAGGACGCAUCAUCGACAAACCUUCUUUAUAACGAAUAUAACACGGAGACUCUACGCAUCAAGGCCGCGGAAGGCAACAUGGGCGCGGUUGCCGAACUGCUCAAUAGCAAUAUCAAGCCGAACAUGGCAUGCGGCGCAGCAGCAGCUCGAGGCGGACACGACGAGAUUCUCAGCAUCCUUCUAGGCUUUGGCAUGAAAGCUGACCCCGACCCUAUGAAGCACAGCGAGACACCAAUGCUGGCUGCCAUCGGCCGUGGCCACCUCAAGGUCAUCAAGCUAUUACUUGAGCAAGACAACUUUGAUCCAACAAGGCGCAACCGCGAAGGCAAGACUUACUGGGAGGUUGCCGAGGAACGCCGUGGACCCAAGUGGCAGCAAGAACGUGAUACGUUAAAAGAGCAUUACAACGAGUACCGCCGGCAGCAUCAGAGAAGCCCGAAGAAGAGCAGGGCCCGUCAUCUAUCGCCUACACGUAGCCAGACCAACAACCGCGAGAAUGGGCGGAAAACAACCGCUUCUAGCGAACCUCCUAAGGGCCGAGGGCGACUUGUCUCGGCUAGAGAGCUUCAACAACGCGAGCUCCAACAGCAUCGCGAACUCAAGCGACGGCGGCGCGUCGUUGCCGACGAAUCUGAGAGCGAGAGCGACGAUUCUGAUGUCAGGGGACCUGUCAAGCCGGCGGCGAAAGCCAAACCCAAACCCAGUUACGAUGCGCCCCGAGACAACGGUCUGAGCUCUCCUGAAGCGCCUGAAAAGCGGUUGGGGCGAAAAUCGGGGUCAGGAGAGCGCUCGCGAAAGUCCGACACAGUUCCACGGGAUGCCCCUCCACCUGAGCUCGAUGCUAUGGAAGAUAUAAAGCAAGAGACACCAGAACCAAUCAAGACGGAGCGGUUGGCCAAAGCGGAGCGCCUGGCUGAGGCUGAACGCCUAGAGGCGGAGAAAGCCGCCGAAAAAGCGGCAGCAGAGGCCCGGGAAGCAGAAGAAGCCGAGAAAACCAGACUAGCUACGGAGCAGGCAAGGAUCGCAGCGGAGAAGGCUCAGCGGGACCGAGAGGAGCGUUUACAGGCACUCCCACGAGCGCUCCGUCGAGCACUACAACGCGGCAAGAACCGACCCCUACACUUUGACGGCGAAGAGAUGGGCAUCAGCGCGAACUUCCUCCCCGUCCACCGCGUCCGGUUCAAGGAGAUCGACCCAGACAGCCCUGAGUCGCACCACGACGAAUGGUGGAUACUGAGCUUCCAGGCCGCCGGCAUCCUGGGCCUCCCACAGCUCGACCUAAUCGAGUUUCCAGACUGGGAGCGCCACCCAGUGACCGAGCCACAGCGACAACGCUUCCUCCGCGGCUACGAUCUCGCACAACUCGCGCAGGACUUCCGCUUCCCGAUGGAGGGGUGUGCAGAGUUCGACCCGCAAGCCAUCGAGCGCGUCAUGGCUGAGACGCGGGCGCAGUUCUUGAAGAUGCCGCUUGAGUGGGUCAGGUGGGAUGAUUUCGAGGCUGCGCUUAGAGGCGGCGGGUAUGAGCAUUUGGCGAACUUGAAGGUCACGACGGCGAGCUAUAUCCAUGUGCAUGAUCCUGCUGUUGUUAACGGCGACGUAAGGAAGCCGAGGAGCUUCUUGGACGUUAUUCUGGGGAGCGCUGCUGCUCGGAAUGAGAGCCAUAGCUAG